UAUAUUUUCCAAAUUUAGUCGCGUAUAGAAUAAAAAAUAUUCAACAUGAGAUGCGUCAUACCUGGCGGUAACAUCAAAACUUUGGCAAAGGCAAUACAUACACUAGCAAAGAUUGGAGAUGAAAUGUAUGUGAAUCCUCAAGAGGAAUCUAUCUCUUUUCGCACAGUCAACAUGGCAAAAUCGGCAUAUUCGAACUUCACGUUUCACAGAAAUUUCUUCUCCUAUUAUGAUCUUGGAAAUCUCGAUGAAGAAGAAGCACAAAAGUGUAAAAUUUCAAUGAGGGUAGUAUCUAUUUCAUAUACAUUUAUGUACAUGAUAUUUAACUUAUUCUACAAUUUACAGAGCGCAAUGACAGUCUUCAAAUCUGCACAUACAUUGGACAAACAUGUGGAAACUUGUCACAUUCAUUUGGAGAUGGAUGCCUGUAAUUUAGUAUUUAUCUUAAAAUAUAAAAAUGGUAUCAACAUGUCCCAUCUGAUGCCUAUUUUGGAUUCUGAAAAGUUGCAAGCAUCGUACACUAAGGCUAGUAUGUCCAAUGAAUUGACGUCACGAGCUCGAACAUUUACAGAGGCUCUGCAAAAUUUUCCACAAAAUUUGAUCGAAAUAACGCUCCAGAUAACGCCACAUAAAUUAUUAUUUAGAAACUAUGUAGAUGACGCAUCACUUAUGGUAAAUACUACACGUACCCAGCUGGCUUUUGGUAUCGGAGAAUUUGAUCGUUACACUUUUGGCAAUGAAACAAGUAUCACAUUUUGUUUAAAAGAAGUUAAAGCUUUACUCGUUUUUAGUGAGAGCGUAGGCAUUCCAAUUACUGCAAGUUUUGGAACAGCAGGAAGACCAAUAUUGUUUACGGUGAAAAGUCCAGCUUUUGAAACGAACAUGCUAUUAUCAACUCUAAGUCCAGACUGUGACAGUCAGUCAGACACAUCGAUUGUCAGUAGACAAGUGCAAUCUAUUCGAAAAAAGAAUGCUUCGAGGAGUACAUCCAAUCGUGUUAAUAAAGUAUCUUCGAGUCGAAUAAAAAAAUCUAUCAAACCUACUGUUAGUGAUGUGUCCAAGAAUACGCUAGUAAAAGAAAAAAUUCAGUCGGACAAAACACACAACGAAAAUAGGAAUGCUCCUGUGAGCAUCGUUAACGCAAAUGCUAAUAAUUCUAUAAACGCUUAUGAAAAAAAUUCACAUAUGCCAAUACAAAAUUGUUACUCUGUCGCAUGCAGUCUUGCUAGUACAUCUUCGGCGAUUAGUAGGAAAAUUUCGGAGAACCAAAGGAAGUUAGUAAAUUCAGUAUUUUCUAGCAUUACAAAGAGAAAAUCAUCGGAUGAUAAAGUAAAUCAGAAGGAGAAAGAAGAUACAAUAGUUUGUUUUGACCUAGACGAUAAUGUACCGCAGUCGCCACCGCGUAAAGUGGCCAAGAGGGCAAAAAUAGUGUUUCAGAAAUGCUUUCAGAAUACUUUUGAUCCGCGAAUGUUACCUGGUCAUGACACUAUCUUGGUAAAGGAUUCCGAUGAGAGUAACAGCGAUUGAUAUUAUUUUGUGAGAACUUUUAUAAUGACAAAAGAACAAUUUAUUUGCUCAUAAUAAAAUAUUAUAUAAUUUCAUAACAGAUUUUCUGGACAAUUAAC